GAGAUCCUCCACUCCGGGGUGGGGGAACCACAACGGCAAAUCGUUCUUACUAGCGAAUAGUUUUCUUCCACAGCGAAUCCCCCCGCCCCCGCCCGAGCUCUGCAGGGACACGAAGAUUGCGCGUGGGCUACUCUGGACCAGAGAAAGGCUGUGACUUGCCACCUUGCAGGCCCUCGUGUCCCGCACGUUAUUUCUUUUUUUUCUUUUUUGUCUCCAACACCCACUUUUCCCGUUUGGGUCUCGGCCAGACCGUCCGCGGGGAGGGGGGAGAGGGGGAGGAGGGGGGGCGACGCCUCGGGGCAACGAGUGACGUGGAUGUCGCAAGCCGUUAGUUAAAAAGGGGGCUCUUCUGCCCCGGCUGUACAGUCCGGAGAGCAGCUGUCGCGGGGCCGCAGUGGGUGUUUUUCUAAGCAGGCUCUUUGCAAAGCUGGGGGAAAUGCAACCUUUACAGCAGAACUGCCAGCCCGUCAGGCCGUUUAAGCAAAGGAAAAGUUUUGCCACCCGAGUGGAAGAAGUAGCAGGCAUUCGUGGGAAGUUCCCGACAAAAGUUCCAGUAAUUGUUGAAAGAUAUCAGAAAGAAAAAUACCUCCCCCUGUUGGACAAAACAAAGUUUCUUGUACCACAAGAGUUAACUAUGACACAGUUUAUAACCAUCAUUAGAAGCAGAAUGGCAUUGAGUGCUACCCAAGCUUUCUACUUGCUGAUAAACAACAAGAGUUUAGCCAGUAUGUCUUUAACUUUGGCCGAAGUAUACCAAGACUACAAAGAUGAAGAUGGAUUUGUAUACAUGACAUAUGCUUCCCAAGAGAUGUUUGGAGGUCUAACUACUUCCAAAGUAAAAUGCAAGGAAUAUCUCCUAAAAAGAUAAGUCUUCACUUGGUGACAGCAUGGCUGAACAGUGAGCUGUACAUCAUUCAGAUUACUUGAAGAUGAAAGGUGCUCUGUCUAACGCGGGCUCUUCUGCAAAAUUAAUGGCCCAGGAGUUGGCAAGACCCAACUAAAGAACUGAGGAGUGGGAUAAACCAUCCCAAACAAAUGAAAUAGACACAUAGUUUCAUAAUUUGGCUCCUUGCCAGCCAAAGACGUUAGUAGUGAUAUGCUACCCUUAAAUCAUGUAUCUGCUUAAAAAAGUGUUGCCAUAAUUGGAAAUGAAUGAAAACGAUGAAAUUUUAUAACCAAGUUAAAUGACCUGGACACAAAUUGUCUGCUUAACA